CCUCUUAGCCAGCACCCUCGCUAGCCAGUAGCCUUCGCGGGGACAGUCAAGCCUGUCAUGCUUCCUGUCGGUAUGGCGUGUGAGGGAACGAAUCGGUACGUUGUUUACAUGCAGCAAUCCGCUCGCACAAGCGCACGUACCUAUCUUGGCCGACCCGCACAGGCAAACGUGGUCGCAUUUCCCCUUGUGGCAUGCGCACUUCGGCCGCUCGCGCAAUUGCAAGCCUGGAAGAGAAAUUGGUUGGUUGUGCUUUUGUCGGUGAGGUACCAUUUGCUGGCCAGAAUACUCGAGGCUCUCAUCCCCUGGCUGCUUGCUAUCCCGGUUCACCAAGACGGACCAGCCUCACCAUCCGCAACGGCCAAAAAUCUUGCAAGGCAUCACCCUUCGCACUGAAGGCUAGCUGCACUCCCUCUGAGCAAGACAAGGCGCUUCCUAGUCCAAGCCUCUUCAGUUGUUGGCAUACGCGUGAGCAUUUUCUUGGACCGUGUCUCACAGGACGCCCAUCGGACAAAGAAAAUGCGUUUCAGGCUUGCGAACAUGCAGCAUUGACCGCUUUUCAGGCGUCUGGACGUGAAAGGGAAAGAGCGGUGUUUACUGUCUCAGUUUUGACCGCCUCAAGACUCCGCAGGCCACACUGCAGCUCCUUGUCAAAGGUGCGUGCAGCACACACUGCCGCGACCCGUACAGCUCUGAUUGAGGAAUGUUCAGAGCUGCCCUUCCAAACUCUUCUGGAACGCUGCUAUCUCAAACCUGGGCGCAGGAUGGUGGGUGAGGGACGAAGCUGAAGCCAGUGGGCUGAAAAGGUCUCAAAAUCGGGCUGCGGCGGCG